AUGUCUCCAAAUCGCCCCUCACAACGCAAAAAACCUCCAGCUUGCGAUUAUCUUGUGCAUUCCGCAGCAAAAGCCACUACUUCCAGUUCAAAGAACUGCAACGAUCAAGCAACUGCUUCAACCUCGAAACAAUCUGAUGAGGAACUAUCUACAGUGAUCGUUGUACAGCAAUGGGCCUCGGCUAUGUUCCUUUCCAAUAUUUUAGAUGAGAUCUCUCCAGUCCCACCAACUUUACAAUUAUCAGUGGAGGUGAUUAAAGCGCUCAUGCAAAUAACUACAAAUCCAAUGAUACCGUUGUCGCAGCUAGAAAUGAAGUUACGACUCCAUGCAUGGGACAUGCAUUCUCUGUCAUAUCAAGACCGUGUCCUUACACAUUGUUUGUUAACAUGCUCUGCUCUUUGUUCCACGGAUCCUUUCAUUCUCGGGACAAUCGAAAUUGGUCCUGAGGAAUCCCAAAUUCUCGAUAGCGUCUCACCUCUCAAGUCCUCCGUCGUACCCGAUAUGCGUCAUUUUGGGUUUAGGAGAGAACCAGUUGUUCGGCAGUUGUGGGCAGAAUCCUUGUGGUUGGCAAAUCAGGCCUGUAUUGCUACCAACACUUCGAUUGAGAAUGCAGCCUCCUGCUGGAUAUUGGGAUAUUUGCGCUAUGUGAUGUUUGGAAAAACUUCUUCAGCCUUUAGUGCUGCCUGUGUACAUCAUAUGCGCACACUUGCUGAGGACGGAAAGCUUUCAAGGGAUGCUGGCGAAAUGCUCAAAUUUCGUGGACAUAUGAGUCCAACACAUUCGCUUGCUGAUAAGAUGAUUGAUUCCCUUCUUGCACUAAUGACAGGAAAAACUGUUCCCUUUACUACCAACGACGAGCUGUUGAUCGUCCCCCAUAAAUUAGAACCAUUGGAGCAGCUCGUCUCCACAUUUUUGACUAGAAAUUGCACUACUUCAGACGUCUUCUCGUCAGUUCAUACAUUUUCCCAUACCGUUGUUCGUCUUGCUAGAGAAACUGCUGAAAAUCUCAGUGGACCCUACGCACGCAGUCAGCCGCUCGACGAAUGCUUUCUGAUCAAGCAUUUCGCAUCACUGGACGUUUUCCACUCUCUCCUAAGCGCGGCACUACAACAAAUAUCCCACCUCAUUCAGAGUCGAUUCACACAGGAGACGACGUAUCAUCUCCAUGCCUCUGCAGAAAUGAAAAGCAGUCGACUGUUAGUGCACUUGCUUCAUGCGCGAAAACUGGCGUCGAGGACGGCUAUAGAGAUAUCCGAGACGAUGAGGGAUAUACCCUCAAUUGUACGGCUAAUGCCACAUGGCGACUUAACGAAAUGGGCUAGGUUUUUAUUGGAGGAGGAGAAUAUUGUGGAUAUCAGUCGUGCUCAGAGCCUGCAAGCACUCGAAUGUUUCCGCGACGCUCUGAAAGUGGUGGGGUUUUCGCAUGCCGACCGCACUGGUGUUGUGGACACCAUCAACGAAUAUCUCAAUGCGUAUCUCGUCGAUGACAUGUUCACGCAGCUUGGGCAUUCCAUACAAGACUCGGGACGUAUUCAUGGACCGGAUUGGUUCGAAAUUGGAGCGUCUAUGUAAAGUUCGUAUGUAGCUUGUAGUACUGUGAUGUUUCAUUAUCUGGUGUUGUAUCUUCUGGACUCGUUAUUCUCCAACCGCACAGGAGAAGAGCAUUCAUGAUAAUACAAGGUACGAUAAAG